CCCAAAAAACAUCGAAAAAAUCCGGUGGAAAGGAGGGGACGGGAGCUCCAGAACCCUAGCCAUGACCGGAGAUGCAGGUUGUGGCCCCCGCGAAUGGCUCGCCGUUGACGAGACGGCGGCGGACUUCCUCUCCCGCUCCCUCUCCACGCGGCCCCCCAUCCUCCUCCCGCCGCCGCUCCACCGCGCGCCGCUCCGACCGGGCAAUGUUGUCGAGAUCGCUGGUCCGUCCAACUCCGGCAAGUCCCAGCUGCUCCUCAUGGCUGCAGUGCAAUGCAUAUUACCGAAGGAGUGGGAAGGCGUCUAUUUCGGGGGCCUGGGGAAAGCAGUCAUGUACAUCGACUUGGACUGCCGAUUUGAUGUGCUGCGGCUGGCUCAAAUUCUGAGGAAGCGCAUCACACAUGGUUGCGGUUCAGCACAUCCACCAAGUGAAGACUUUGAAAAGGAUGUCUCAAAAGAUAAAUUCCAUUCUUUUCAAGACACACUGUUUUCUGACUGCAUGAAGCGCUUCCUGUAUGUACGGUGUUACAAUAGUUCCGAGCUUAUAGCCACUUUGAAGAGUCUAAAUUCUCAAUCUGAAGCAAGGAGCAAAGUUUUUGGUAUUGGUAUAUAUUUCCUUCUGUUAGACAGCAUUGGUGCUUUCUACUGGAUAGAUCGUGCUCCACAACCUACCACAGAGAGUAAAGGGACAACUAUAUCAUUUCAAAGCAUCACUGAAAAUGUUGUCCAAGAGAUACGCAAGUUUUUGCAACUUCAACCUGUUUUGGUGUUGGUCACAAAGGCACCUACUUAUGGUGAAGGAAUCACAGCAUCAAACGACUUCCAAAGGGGUUCUUCAAAAUACAUGCUAGACGAUUCAACAGCUUCGAGAUACUCAAAACGGGAGGAAGAAAAAAAUAGUUCAUGUCGUGAAUACAUGCCAUCAGCAUGGCAGACACUUGUUACACACAGGAUAAAGUUGCAAGAUUUAGCACAAGAAGCAGGGUUCUCCUCCGAGCAGGAUAACAAUGUGCUUUCUGUACAUACUUCUGAGUGGGUGCACCCUCCCCUGAACACAAAAGAGAAGUUUUAUAUUAAGGAUGAUGGUGUUGGCUUUAUACAGUGAAGCCUAUCAGUUUCUGUGCUGGAAGAGAUCAGUACUUUUCCAACUUCCUUAUAGAACUAUUGUGAUCUUAUAAGAAAAUCUACAGGAAAUGCUAAGGUACUCCCUCAGUUCCACACGGAGGGAAUAACUGUUUGCCACGUCCUUUGAUAUUUGGCACCACAUAGUGGGACCUGUCAUUAUAUUUUCCAUUCCUCUUGGAAAAAGUAACUCGGGGUUUGUAUUGUCCAGACUAAUGGCUGUUUUGAACUGAUGGCAUGCAUACAUAUAAUUUGAUGUCAUGUUUGUUUCGAAGUGUAUGAUGUUUCAUUUUGUAUGGUCAUUGGGAAUUACACUUCGUGCUUCGCUAAACAUCAGGAGGUGAAAUGGGGAAUGAAAGGUGAUUCACGUAGAGGUGCCGGUGAUUCAGUUGGUAUUACCUUGAUAACCAUAAUGUAACAUCCCAUAUUCUAGCAAGCCCGGUGAUGUAAUCAUACAGGUCAUGUCCUCUUCGUAGUCAUUUUACAAAUUUGAAUUUGUAUAGGCUAGGACUGUCUUGGUGCCAGAAACGGAGGUAAUUAAGUUGCUGGGGUAUGGCAAUACGUUUGGAUUGAACAU